CUGUACGCGUUAAUGGAAUGAUUGACUCUUGGUCCGCUCAUUCCAGUAUGUCAGGCAGUGCCUCGCGUUAGGUUGUUUCGCACCGCGCGUACCUGGUUUAGGCACUCGGAUUUGUCUUGCUGCAGCCCUGUGUGGCGCGGCAUCCCUCCUCCAAGUCGUAUGGCAUCGAUAGCAUCGAUAUUGUCGUCCGUGUCCUGCGCCGGAUCCUCCCUGCUGGCCUCUCGGGUGCCGAUCAGAGCUCUCCAAGCCAAGUCCUACGGCCACCCGGCUUGCCGUCAAUUUCAUAAGUUCCGGCGGCUAGGCUCGUCCCAGUCGCGUUCGUCCCGGCCGUUACGAACUGCUGUCGAAAUGUCUCAAUCGCCUGCUCGGAGUGCUGAAAGUCCACCAUGUAGGAAUUUCCGAACCAGAGCUUCGGGAGAGGCGCCUGCUUCGGAAAAGGGUGGUUCGGAAGGAUCAGCCUCGGCGUCCGAAGCUCAUUCGCCUAGCCUCUGGGCCAAGCUCGGGCAGAGUUUCAACCUGCAAGGGAUCACGGCAGUGGCCAGCGUAGCCGUUUCGAAUCCAAGCCUCGCCAUUCCGCACGUGUCGGUGCCUGAUAUCAGGUGGAUAGAUUGGAAGGCUCUCCAUGCGGCGGGAUUCAAGGCAGUGGUGUUUGAUAAGGACAACACACUCACACAUCCGUACGCCAUGCAGGUGGAUGACGGCCUGACGGCUUCCCUGGAUGUGUGCUUGAAGACAUUCGGCUCUCAAGGCAUUGCCAUUCUGAGCAAUUCUGCAGCUCAGGGCUGAAGCAGUACGACCCUGAUGGGAGCUUGGCAGCAGCAAUGGAACAGGCACUCAAGGUGCCUGUGAUUCGCCACACAGAGAAGAAACCGGGCGGGGGCGCAGCAGAGCUGGAGGCACAUUUUGGAUGCAAGGCAGAUGAGAUGGUUCUGGUUGGGGACCGGUGCCUGACAGACAUUGUAUUUGGCAACCGCAAUGGUCUCCUCACUGUUCUGACAGCUCCUCUCUCUCCUGGAAAAGAUCCAGUAGUUGUCCGUCAGGCGCGGGCGUUUGAAGAUGUGCUUGUGGCCACACUGCAGGGUCGAGGGGUUCAAGCUUCCCCUCACAAUCGAGCAGAGUCCAGACCAUAUGCUUUUGUCCUCCCUCCUGCCUGCUGGUGACACUGUAUUUGCUUUCACUGUUAGUGGUAUUGUGAAAGCUUGCUUGGGUCACCUUGGCAAAGGCAGCGUGCUUCAUUUCAUAUGGGCUACAGUACAUGGUUCUCGUCCAAUAGA